AUGGCCCUCUCAGCGUGCAAUGCCAUCGUGAACCCAGGCUUCGAAUCUGGCGUUUUAUUCCCAUGGCGUACCUCUGCCGUGAACGUCGCCACAGUGAGCAGUGGAACAAGCGCAUAUAGCGGUGACUAUUACUUGAGCUUAGAAACCGCCAUCGACAACGGCUCCAACACCAUCUCGCAAGUCCUGAAGAACCUCAAGCCGGGAAAGAAUUAUACCUUCAGCGCGGAAGCCCAGGUUCCCUACGAUAGCUCGGAGUAUUGUGGGAUCUAUGUAUCCUCGGGUCACAACACUACGAAGGGUCUCAUCACAUACCAAAGUCUGGAUUUGGAUACUUUUGGUUCGUGGGUAACUGUUACUGGUAGCUUUGUGCCGAAGAAAUCCACCGAGACGAUACAUGUUGCGGCUGGUUGUGACUCUGAGGAUAGCUCGGUGACUGGGUUAGUGUGGCUUGAUGCUAUUAGUCUUGUGCCUGAGAGUGGAUGCGGGUCGCGGUCUGAUUAG